AAGUUAUGCAUUGAAAGCCAAAAUGGAGAGCCGUAUGAAAGUGGCGCGCCACCUGGAGCCAUGGCGGGACCUUACCGGCAAGGUGGUGAUGGUCACCGGAGCCUCGUCGGGGCUGGGCCGAGAAUUCAGCCUCGACUUGGCCAAAGCCGGCUGCAGAGUCAUCGCCGCAGCACGCCGUGUGGACCGCCUGAAAUCUCUCUGCGACGAGAUCAAUGGAGUCGGCUCCGGUGAUUCCGGCACCAUUCCGCAGCCCCGAGCGGUGGCUAUUGUGCUCGAUAUCAGCGCUGACGGUUCCGCCGUCGAGGCGGCCGUUCAGAAGGCUUGGGCCGCGUUCGGACGUAUCGACGCCUUGAUUAAUAAUGCCGGUAUUAGAGGUAGCAGGCAGACUUCAUUGGAUCUGACAGAGGAGGAAUGGAAUGAGACCAUAAGAACAAACCUAACCGGAACAUGGUUGGUCACAAAAUAUGUGUGCUUGCUCAUGCGCAAUGCCAGUCUGGGAGGAUCUGUCAUCAACAUCUCCUCCAUUACUGGGCUCAAUCGUGUGCAAUUCAUGGGGUCUCUUGCUUAUUCUUGUUCAAAGAGUGCUGUCAAUACAUUCUCAAUGGCGAUGGCGCUUGAACUGGGAGCUUAUGGAAUAAGAGUGAAUUCAAUCUCGCCUGGAGUUUUCAAAUCCGAGAUAACCAUGAAUCUGGCGCAGAAACAUUGGAUCAAAAAAGUUGCUCAUAGGACUGUGCCUUUAAGAACAUAUGGCACAACGGAUCCAGCACUCACAUCACUUAUACGUUACUUAAUCCACGACUCUUCCGAAUAUGUGUCUGGAAAUAUUUAUGUUGUUGAUGCUGGAACUACUUUGCCUGGUGUUCCCAUUUUCUCUUCUCUCUAAAACAAAUCCAAAAGCUCAUGCAUGUGCAUACAUAAACUAGUGAUGGAGUACGUGAAAGUCAUAUAAAAGCAGGAAUAACAAUCAACAUGCAUGAAGGGGAAAAGUUCUCUCAAUUAUAUAUUUGGCAGCUUUGCAGUCCAAAAUCUAUAUCUACCAACAAACCAAUAAAGUUAGGCCCUACUUUUACCCU